AAUAUAAUGUAGAGUAUUUCAAGUUCAAAUAUUCACUAAUUCUCAAGUACAGCAAUGUAAUAUACAUCUUUAUUACAUUUACACUAUAUAUUUAUUUAUCAUCGUUCAUACGAUUUUACCUAUCAAGUUUGAUGGUAGUCGAAUAUUAUAAUUAUCCUAUGAGAUUUUUUACUUUAGGUAAAAGAGUUUGACAAACUUUAUACUCUAGUAUCAAAUUAUUACUAUAAUAAAAUUAUUAAAUAUUUUUGUACAAUUGUAAUUAUUGAUAGAAAUUGAAAAUGAAUAUUCGUUCAAUAUUUAUUACCGGUUGCAAUCAAGGUUUGGGCCUUGGAUUGGUAAAAUAUCUUGCAUUAUUAAAGACACCAACAGAAAAAAUUUUUGCAACUUGUCGAAAUAUUCAAAAAGCUACGGAACUAUUAAAUCUUGCUAAACAUGUUGAAAAUAUUCAUAUAUUUGAAAUAGACUUGAAAAAUGUAAAUGAAUAUCCCACGAUUGUGAACAAGGUUAAAAGUAUUGUAGGUGAUGAUGGUCUUACAGUAUUAUUUAAUAAUGCUGGAAUGUCUACUAAAUUUACCCGCCUUCCUUUUGUAAAAGAAGAACAACUUUUUGAAUCUUAUAAAAUUAAUACAGUUGCACCAAUUCUUUUAGCAAAAGAGUUUUUGCCUUUACUAAGACAAGCAUCUAUUAAUCAUUCAACUAAAAAAGGUAUGAGCUUGACCAAGGCUGCUAUAAUCAAUAUGUCAUCUAUUCUUGGAAGUUUAAAAAAUAAUGAUAUUGGUGGAUUUUAUCCCUAUCGCUGUAGUAAAGCUGCUUUAAAUGCUGCAACAAUAUCAAUGAGUAUAGAUUUAAAAAAAUAUAAUAUUUUAGUAGUAUCUUUACACCCUGGAUGGGUAAAAACAUCUUUAGGAGGACCAAAUGCUCCAAUAGAUAUAAAAACUUCUGUUGAUAGUAUUUUUAAUACUUUAAAAUCUAUUUCAGAAAAAGAUACAGGUUCUUUUUUUCAGUAUGAUGGUAAAAUAUUACCCUGGUAAAUUUAAUAUUUUUAGCUCAAUUAACUGUUAUUUUAUUUUAUAACCCCA